UGAGAUAAGCAUGUGAGUACAAAAGAGAGGAGGAGGAAUUUUUUAAGGACAGAAAAAUACUGACCUAAAUCAAAGCACAGAAACACUAGCUAGCAUGCGAAGCAAUUCUAUCCACACACCACAGAAUAUAUGUUUUUAGAAAGUAGAUUCUUGGAGAUUUAAAGUAUAAACUAUGUACAUAGCUCCCUCUGAUGACCAUUGGACACGAUACAAUGCAAGUCUCCUUUUAUUUUUGUUCGUGCAUUCAACUGACAGCUGACUGGUUAAAUUCUAAUUGCUUCCAAGUGAGGUCAGCAAAGGUAUUUAUCGAAAAGGACUGAACAACAGGCUCAACACACACAUGCAUGCGCACGCAUAAGCACAUACACACCAUCUCUCCAGCGUGUUGAUUUAUGGAAACAAUUAUAAUUCUGGUGGAGUCUUUCUGAGCUGAGAAAGUUUGUAGCUACAGUAGAGUGUCUCAUGUUGCAAAAAGCAGACAACAGAAAUGGAAUACUUGGGUAUCCAGCUCUUAUCAACAGAAACAAAUCUUUUACUUUCAGUGCAAGCAGCAAAUUCAAGUAGUACAGAAGGUCACGACAACAAAGGUUUUUAUAACUUGUGUCUUUAAAGGAUAUUCUGACUGAAGAGGUAUUUAAGAAGCUCUUCUAUUUCGCCAUUAACUAUUAAGGAAUAACGAUCAGAAUUCUAGAAGAGGGAACAAUCUCAUUUAAAUGAAUCUGUAACUCGUAAAGACAGAAGGCAGGUCGGUGACCUAAGAGCAACAGCCUACUUGAGAUUUAAUUUUCAUUAUGUUGUUCAUGAACACCCAGAACACUGCACUAUAAUGCACAAAUGGAUACUGACAUGGAUCCUGCCAAUUUUGCUCUACAGAUCAUACUUUUACAUUAUCUUUCUAAUGGGCACUAUAUCUUUAGCUUGCAAUGACAUGACUCCAGAGCAAAUGGCUACAAAUGUGAACUGUUCCAGCCCUGAGCGACAUACCAGAAGCUAUGAUUAUAUGGAAGGGGGGGAUGUAAGAGUGAGAAGACUUUUCUGUCGAACUCAGUGGUAUAUGAGGAUUGAUAAGCGAGGCAAAGUAAAAGGGACAAGAGAAGCAAACAACAACUACAGUAUUCUAGAAAUCCGAACAGUGGCAGUUGGAAUAGUGGCAAUCAAAGGAGUGGAAAGUGAAUACUUUCUGGCAAUGAACAAGUCAGGAAGACUCUACGGAAAGAAAGUAUGCAAUGAGGACUGCAACUUCAUAGAACUGAUUGAAGAAAACCAUUAUAACACAUAUGCUUCCGCAAAAUGGACUCACAAAGGAAAGGAGAUGUUUGUUACAUUAAACCACAAAGGGGUCCCCAUGAAAGGUAAAAAAACAAAGAAAGAACAUAGAGCAUCCCACUUUCUUCCUCUGGCAAUAUCCUAAUCACAACUGAUCUAUAAAGAACUAGUUCCAGCAGGAAGAUUAUUUUUAAGACGACUAUUUGACAAGAUAUCAAGAGAGGCUGGAAUACUACUGAGAAACUGAACAAGCUGGACUUGCGCAUUUAUGUUUAUUUUUAAGAGACUACAUGAAAAAGAUUUGAAAAUAUACACAAAACCAGAUUUACUAACUAAAAGUUGUAAAAAAUUCUAAAGAGCUGUACAAUCAUUAUCUUAGUCAUUGUAACUGGGUAGUUUCUUAAAUUAAUUUACCCUGAAGAAUAAGUCAUGACUUGAUUAUCUGAUAAUAUUUUAUUUAAAAAAACCUAUCUGCUUCUUAAAUAUGGCUGCUAUAAUAAUAAUAAGCAGAUGAUAAUGUUGUGUAAAAUAUGUCAGACUUUAAGGCUGCUGGAAUGAGUUGUCAGAUUAUCAAGUCAAUAGUAAAUGUGGAGACUGAGCAGUAUUUUAAAUACUUCCCCCAAAAAACUGAUAUCCUAUACAUAAACUAUAUGAUCAGAAAAAAAGUAUAUAAUCUUGUAAAUGUUUAUUGUUGUAUUCAGAUAAAAGAGUUAGUUUGGAAAAAAUAAGUUUACUACAAAAUGUUCCUAUCUAUUAAACAAAUACCUAAUGCUGCUCUAAAAGACGUUUCAAAUAGUGUAUGUAAAAUAAGAAUAGGAAUACAUAAUGUACUUCAUCUCACUCUUCACAAAUUAACAUUUUAUAUAACGAUGAAGCAAAAAUUCAGACAUACUAAGGUUUUUUAUGUAACAUAUCCUAUAUUUUGUAUAAUUCCUGUUAGGGCAUACAGCUUUCAGUAUUGUUUUUCCAUCCUUAUACAUGCUUUU